CGUAGUGCUUUCGUCCAUUCGUUGUUCGCGAAGCGUUCGGUUGUUAAUUGUGUGUAAAUUGUUAAGUUCGUGUGUUUUGUGUAGUUUUUAAAUUAAAGUUCCUAUUAGAUGCACAAUGGCUAAUCAACAUUUUUGUUUACGGUGGAAUAAUCAUCAAAGUACAUUAGUAUCUGUGUUCGAUUCUCUUUUAGAGAGCGGGACUUUAGUUGAUUGCACUUUGGCAGCUGAGGGCCGAUGUAUACAAGCUCACAAAGUUCUUUUGUCUGCAUGCAGUCCUUAUUUCGCGAUGAUUCUAAGUCAACAUUACGACAAGCAUCCCAUCCUAAUCUUAAAAGAUGUUAAAUUUCACGAAUUGCAAUCUAUGUUAGAUUAUAUGUACCGUGGUGAAGUCAAUAUAACCCAAGAAAAUCUGGGUUCUUUUCUAAAAGCUGCCGAAUCAUUACAGAUAAAAGGCCUCACGGACAGUGGAGGAGGAGGUGAACGAGAAGCAGGUUUGAGUUCCGCGUGUGCAAGUCCUGUGUUUCACGAUAAAGAUAGUGCAUCCCCAAGUCCAGUAUCUAAAAUUAAGCUAGACACUCCUAUGAACAAUAUUAGAAAACCACAACCCGUUCUUCCUAAUUUAAGCCAGGUCUCUAGAUCUCAGAUUCCACCUGUUGCUGGUCUUACAAACCAGCCGAAAAAGCCUUUAAAACAUAUCAUUGACUCAUUAAAUAAGAAUAAUGAAGUUAUCAAACGACGUAAACCUAUACAACCAAUGAAGUUUGAAAACAACAUGAUCGUUUCUCCUAUGAGUGCGCGGUCGCAUCUAUCCAAUCACCUUGAUGUUAGCAAUGCACUUGAUGUGCCAGCUCAAGCGCCUUCGAUUCCUGUACCAGAAAACAAAGCAAUGUAUCCGUUACUUCCAGUGCCUUCCUCCUUUCGACCGUCUUCCCCUAGUAACCAACCACAAUCCCUAGUUGUUGAUAAAGAAAAUAAAGAGUGUGAUUCUACAAAAAUGAAAAACGAUGCGAAAAUGAAAAGUGAAUAUGGUUCGGAAUAUUCUAAUCAUGAUGACAGUACAAUGGACCAAUACAAUGACGAAGAAAACGAAGACGAUGGCAGCGGCUCGGAUUUUGAAAAGGCAGGCCCCUCUCAUGACAACAACAGUCACUCUGACAGUACCAUGCGAUGGGAAUCGUCGAGUGACGGGACUCCCCAUGACAUGACAACUUCUGUAGACUCACAAGGGUUUUCAAUGAAACAGUACAUGCCUUGGGUUCAAGGGUGGGACCCCAACCCGAAGUACGUUCGACAAACAAGUCAGAACCAAUACAGUUGCCAGCACUGCGGCAAGAGGUACCGGUGGAAAAGCACCCUGAAACGACACGAGGUGUUCGAAUGCGGCGGGAAGGAGCCGGCCCAUCAAUGUCCACACUGUGAUUAUCGCGCCAAGCAGAGCGGCAAUCUCCGCGUUCAUAUCCGCAAGUAUCACUCUAGCUCAAGCAUUGUUCCUUUUGUCCCUGUUCAUCCCUCGAACAAUACAACUCUAGAUCUGCAUGUAGAAAAGAAAACGGCUGACAACAUGAUUAACAAUAAUAAUUGAUCAACUAUUCAUUAACGCCAACCACAAACUUUAAUUUUUCUAUAAUUCUGGUCAGUUUUUCUGAUGAGUCUCAUGUGCAAUUUUUAUUCCCUAGUACAAAAUUUGGAAUCCUCCCUAAACCCUACCCUUCAAACACGUCAGUGAAAUCUGUAUAAUUUGCGCUUACCUAGGUAUUACGUUCAUUCAUUAUUCAGCUGAUCAGGUCCUCUGAAUAAUAGUGAUCUACCUAAAAUGUUUUGGUUCGGUUCCUCAGAAAGAAACUCAACAAUAUUCUCUUCAUUUCUUUUUUUACCAAUUGGAAUUUUUAAAGUGCUCAUUUGUUUACCUGCCGUUAAUUGAAGCUUGCAUACCACCAGGCUUUGUAUAUUACUCUGAAUUUCUCAAUUAAUUCUCUGUCAAUUAAUUGUCAGUUUUUCUGAUGAUUCCAUGUCUGACGGUACAGGUUUUUUUAACCUGUGAUCUAAGUUUUUCUUGCUUUUAUCAAUGAUACGCAUCUUUGACUAUAGAAACAAUGAUGAAGUAUCAACUUAAUAAUGGAUUUGUUCGAGUGAAAGAAACAUAGACAUAGACACAGACACGUAUUUAGGGUGAACCGUGCCCGAAUUCCUGAUGAAGGCCUACUCUUUCUGCAUGCUUCAACAAUGUUACCGAAACAAAUGACAGCGCUUGAAAGUUAACUUUCCCUCUCUGCCGUCUCGAUGAGUCAGUCCUAACUUUCAACUUGUGUUUACCGUUUUCAGUCUGUUAUUUCUGUAGUAUUUAUUUCUCUUCCCUGUUUUGUCUUUAAGUUUUCCUUUACUCUAUUAAGUUAUAACGUUAUCCAAGCUUGCAUUUAAGUGAUGAAGGCGUUUUCAUUGACCUCGUAUCACAUCAUUUGCGCAGCGAAAACUAAUUGUAAUGAAGCUAGCUAUGCCUAUCAUGGAGUGAAGCAUCAUUUUACCCUCUCUUCAUUAGCGCGGUAGUCAUGGGAAUUUCUAAUUUAAGUUGCUCUUAUUUUUAUUGUGCUCAUUACAUCUUGGUUCCUGCGCAGAAAAGCAGCAAUACAUUGAAUGUCAAGUUUCAGUUAUGUUUUAAGUAUGAACCAUUAAAUAUUGCAUCGUGUCAGAAAUUGAUUUUAAUUGUUAUUCUAUCAUCAAAUUGAUGAUUUGUUAAAAUAUUCAUUGUGAGUGUCUUUUUGAUGGGAGUAUUUUCGCAAAUCUCUCUUGUUCCCACCCUCACCUCUCUGUGUUGUAUUACUUAUUGAAACGCCAAGUUUUCUUCUAUUUUAAAUCUUAUUUUUUCAUCUACUUGUAUGAUAAGCAACCGAAUUCUUCUCAUUAUUCUCAUAUUGCUAUUAAUAUUUAGUUGUAAGACUUUUAUAAUGGUCCUCAAUAAGUUUGAUGUGAACUAUUCACUCUCGAACAUUAGGACAAGAAAGUUAAGUGCUGAGUACUUACAAGGUUUUAUCUAGGUACCCGAGCUUAAUUGCUCUGAACUCAUGUGAUUCAAUACUGAUUGAGCCGCUCUUACCAUUUAUCUCAUCCUCUUUAUGAAGUUUCUCAAACUUGAAAAAACAUCCUAAGUAUUUCACCUUUAAUUAAUAUUGCUGCUUACUCUUAACAUAAUACUAUCCUCAGGAUUUUUAGAAAUUAAUGAUGCUUUUUAUUUUUAGUUUCAUGGCCAGUGUCCUCUCUUUUCAAGAAGGAAAACUAAUUUUUUUCACUUCAAUAUUUUUUUUUACUACGAAAACAUCCAAACCCUUUAUCUUGCUCAGAAAUCAACUACCUCACACCAACCAUCAUCAUUUCAUGCUGGCUUUUAAAACACAUGCUAGCCUCUCCCAUAGAUUCAAUACAGAUGAUCUCCAGUUUUCACUGUAUCCCAUUGUUUAAGAACCUACUGGUUUAAUUUCCUCUUAUUAUCUCCCUCAUAGCUUUUCUCAUCUCAACCUUGUUACCAUUUUGAGAAAACCAGUGAGAUUUCCCCAAUCCCGAAUUCAUUCAUGUUACCGUCUCUAGUAGAAUUAUCAUUUACCAUUGGUCAUGUCAACAUGAGACCCCUACUUUUCCCAGCUCCCCUUCUCCUAUGACUUACGCCCUUUUUGAUCUAAUACUUUUGGUCUACUUCAACAGAGGCAUGUGGUGUCUGUAAUAAAUUUCUUACUUCUGAUUGUAUUCAGUAUUUUCAAAGGUUAUAUGACAAUUUAGAAUGACUAAAAGGAGAUCAACUUGUAGCUCUAAAUCUCCAAUAACUGAGGUGACAUACAUUACACAUGUGAAAAACAAGAACAAGAUUUAUUUUAAAAUUUUGAUGUAUUUCCGAGAGAGUAUUGUGUUUGAGGGUUCAAUUUGAUGUUUAUCCUCAUCUUUAAUAGACGCAAGCCAAUCCCUCGCUUAAGUUACUGACUUUCUCAGGAUAUAGCACUUAUUUUUACCAUUAAUAUUUUUCUCUCAUUGAAAGGCCACCCUCAAAUUGGAGGGAUGUGAUGUGAGGUAGUGGUCAUAAAAAACUUUCUGGCUGAAUCUGAGGAGUAAUAUCUCUUACUUAAGCUCUCUUCAGUCUAAAGUUUACAGUAAUUAUUUUUCUUUGUGACUUUCUACUGACAAUGACAUACCAAGACGAAUUCAAUAUGCCUUACUUGCCCUUUUUUCUCACUGUUCUUUUUUUUUCUUCUUUUUUUGCCUGAACUCUCUCAAAGGCUCUUCUCUUAGUCUAAACUAGAGCCCUCUAACUGGCUUUAAUUUUUUAAUUUCUUAGCCAAUUUUGCACAAAAUUCCUUGAAAAUCUCAAGAUCUGAUCUCUGAUGUGUCCGGAAUACAUUGGUAACCUUCCAAGAUCGUCAGGCCAACGAUCAUAAAUUCAACAGUCAACAAGGUCAAUAAUUACACCAAUUUGCCUCGUUAAAGCCUCUAGUUUGUAUGUGGAGAAAAGCUGUCACUGUCAGUGUUUUUUUGUCCACUGUAAAAUCACUAAUGCCUUUCAGAAGAGGAAUACCUCUACUUAAAAGUUUUUUGUACCUGAUUUUUCUCUGGCUAUUCUUUUCUUCUCCACCAUUUUCCAUUCAGUAUGAUUACAUUUACAUCCCUGUACCAUCAACUUUUUUAUGUCACAUGAUCUCACAACAUAGCAUACACUUUGGCUCAAUAGAGAGGAUACCUUUAAAAAAUUAAUUUCUUUCCCUUCUAAGUCAUCAUCCAUUAAACCAUGCAACAUCUACUAACUUCUCUGCCUUCUUUAUUUCUCUUAAUGUUUAUUCUUAUAAAGUAAUUGAAGUUCAUUCAACCCAGUCCAACGCCAACCCAAAGGCUCAAUACCUUCCUUUGAAAGAUAAAUUAGAGCAUCAAAAAUAAAAAUCAUCAGUUUUAAACCUGUUUGUCAAAUUAUUUUUCACAACAAAAAAAUAAGAGGCAGGAAAAUUUUAAUUUUGAUAUAAUUCCCUUUUAGAACGAUAAAUUAAAAAGGAGAACCGGACCAACCAAAACCUAAUUUAACUUUUUCAUGGCAGUUCUCGUAUCUGUAUACUCUCUUAAAUCCGCGUUCUAAAAAUAUUUGAUCGUAAAAUUGGUUUUUUUUCCAGAGUUUUUUUACUCGCAAAAUGUCAAGCCUCCUUUGAAUUUUUGCUCCUAUUCUUUGCUCCUAUUUUUUUGCUCCAAUUUUUUAAACGAAGUAAGUUAUGUCUCCUUGUCCCUAAGGCACGGAAUCAGUUCUAAUUUAGAUGACAUGACAGUAUACUGACAUAUUCUAGAGCGGAAGAGUUUUAAAAAGCUGAUUUUGACGAUCAAAUUACGGUUUGUCAAAAUCGUGCCUCCCAUUUUGAAUAAGUCUUAUUCUAAUUCUUUUGAAUAGAGCGAUGUUGAAUUAACUAAGAAUGUAAGAUAUCUACUUUGCUUUUGACAGUACGAUUAGUUGAUUGGUGCUCCUUUCUACUGUUUAUCACUGUUUUCCCCCUAGGAGUAGGCACUGUUUUGUACAUAGUCAUGAGGAAACUUGGCGUGUUGCUCAUUUUUGUUUCAUGUUACUAUACUUUUGUAAUUUACGCGUUAGUUUUAUUUAUCUAUUUUGUAAAUUUUGAACAUGUUUGUUUUGUAAUGACAUUACUGUUUUUAAAAUUGUUCCUGUUAAAAAUAUAACUGUCGUUAAGGACUUGAAUCUUUGUUUACCACAAAAUCAGUUCGUCACAACAUAAGAAUCACUCCGUUAGCGUAAUAAAUAAGGAAUAGGAACCAUCCUCAGGAACAAUUCCUCUACUAGACCUCAAAGUAAUUAAUAGCUGAAAAAUGAUUUUUACAAUUUUUCCAGUUAUUCCAGUUGAUCUUUUCUUUCGUUUGUUCCACUUUUACUAACCAUUUAAAAAAUUCAAUUUAAAGUUGUCUCCUUCAAUAUGAAAUUCAUUACUCUCAAUUUCAACAUAACCAUUUAACUGUUGCUGCCGAGGAAUGUUUUAUCGUUGACACUUUUCUUGAAUAACUUCUUUUCUACAACUUUCUCUUUUCUAAGUAAACCUCCCUUUUAAAUUUAAUCUUAUUAGUUCCUUUUGUGUGAUGUAAAAUGUUACUGAGCAAGAUUCUAGAUUCGCUCUCUUACUUACUUAAUGACAGAUCUUUUUUGAUAAGUCUUACCUCCAGCACUCAUUUAGCAGUUAGUUUUAAGUAUUUUUAAGCAUUUUGUACAUGAUUUUUUAAGAUCCUUUUUUGUAUGGUUCCAAUCGAUAUCUUCGUUUCUUACUUUUCUCAUUUUUUUUAUUUUAUUUUGUUUACUUGUAUUAUAGCCUAUGGUGAAGUCUACAAAGUCUCCAAGACUCAUAAUUCUGUGGAAAUAGCAUUAAUUAUGGUCUUAUGAGUUAGUAAUAAUAUACAAAUCCUGAGGCAGCUAUUUCUGCAGCUCUUGCUUUUCAAACACCUGAAUGUGAGCACACUUCAGCCUCAAACCUUGAUAACUCAACAUCACUAAUUAUGUUUAAAACAAGAGGCAAACAGUUUUCAUCCAACAAGAAGCUUUAUUUUUCAUGAGAAAACAUGUAUGGCUAGGUCAAUCUUUUUCCUGUUUCCCUGUAUUUUGCUCUAUGAUCAGUAGUUUUUCAAAACCAGUUGUCAAUAGCAGACUUUUGAACCCUGAGAUUUGCAAAACUGAGUAAACACAUGUUUCCAGUCAGACUUAAUUUGUCAGUGACUUUAUUCUCUUGAUCAUACUGGCUACUUCAAUGAUACAUAAAAAACUAUUUGAAUUAAUUAAGAAUGCAUUUGUGUGUAACGUAUGCAGUAUUUAUCGCAUACAGUCAACCGUGAUUAUCUGUCAGUCACUCAUUUUAGAAUCACUCCUGCUUAUUUGUGUAGCUCAUGCAGGGAAAACGCCCUUUAGUGACGUACUGAGCCAAUUGAAGGAGGAAAUACUUAUUUCAGCCCCCUCCAUGGUGAAUACAUACCACUCCUAAAAUUUGAAAAGUCUGCAGGUAAUAAAGGUUGAAUGUGAUGUCUUUAAAUUUGUGAUGUAUAAGUUCUUGUGAUAAUAUUUUGUAAGCUGUGCAGUUGUUGCCUUUAAAUUUUUAGCUGUAUCAAACUAAAAUUUUCUAUAAAUUUUUUUGGCAUAUA